UCUCUCUUCUUCUUCCUUCCCCCUCGAUUUCCAUCUAGUCUAAAGAUCCUAGCAAAAUCAGUAGUAAGAAAUCAUACUCCACUUAUUCCGGCGUGGUUACCGACGGUGUUGAAUAGUUAUCUGAAAUCUUUGCUUUCAUCAAUUAUUUUUCUCUUGCAGAUCUUAUGCUUGCAAAUUAGUUUCCUUUGAAGCAAAUUGAGAUUUGAUUUUUCUAAAUUUAAUUGUGAUUUGAUUUUUGUAAUGAAGUUCAUACGAUUAUAGAGAAUUCAUUAAAUAAUCUCAUUUGCAGGUAAUUGAAUUCUGGGUUUGCUUCAAAAUGAUCAGUUAGAAUUGUUUUGUGGUGUUGGUUGUUUGGUUUCUGAGAAAAUAAAAGAAAGUAUGAAAGAGAUUGAAAUUUUGUGGUAGUUUUGUACAAUGAAUGUGAAUUGGGAGGUUGAACUGAUUUUAAUUGUAGAAUUAUGAUGGUGCUCGUAGUUAAUUAAAUUUUGGUUUUCUCUUCAAUUGAAAAAUCCUGUGAAUUCUUAAUUUUUUUUCCCCUCAAUUGCGUUAACAGGACUGCAAGAUCAAACAACAGGACAAGAAGACGAUGAUGGUAGUUCAUCAACAUUUAAUAAUUUCUAUGUUUAUAGUUUAUGCAUUUUAAACUGAUUUGUAAUCUGUCUAUUGUAUGUAUGGAGAACCUGUACACAUUACCACCACUUAUUGGCCACUGAAUCCUGAAAGACAUCCUCAUCCAGUGAAUGAUCCCAAUAUAUCCUACGGGAUGUAUAAUAAUGGUGUUGUUGUAAAGAAAUGCUGCAUAGUGAAAAACUUCUCUAAAACAGAGGUAUCUCAGCAUAGUGAUUUUGCUUCACGUAUGCAAACAAAUAGGUUUUCAAAUCUUUGUUUGGAAGUGUAUGCUUAUGAUCAACCUAAUGACACUCUGAUUUGUGAGCCUUUUAAGUCCACACUCAUGUCUUGGACCAAACAACUUUUAGAAUCUGAUGAGCUAGAUUGUUGGCAGCAUCGGGAUAAUAUCAUAGCUGGACAAAUCUUUAGUGAGGCCUCUUUUUAGGUAUUUGAUGGUUUAUGCUCCAGAAGGUUCUUACCAUCCAGAUUUGCUCAAUUCAGUAUACAUCACAGAUGAAAAUAAAGUCAAAUUUCUAUCAAAGGUGGAAGUACUUGUGAGAUGUGGUGAGUUCAAGAAGAAUUUGUUCGAGGUUGUAUCUUUUAUAUAUGGAAUCUCAGUAGGAGUUCCUGCACAUGAGUUAAAGAGAAUUGGAAAUCUCAAAUUUCCAAAAUCUUUUUCACGACCUUCAGCCCAUAUUCCAAAGGGACUUCAGAUUCUUUACAAAUAUUUGCAGUCCUAUGAGCCUCAUAGGCAUUGUGCACGUUUCUUCUUUGAUCCACCCUUCCUACACAGAUGGCAUGAUCGGAUGCAUUACGUUCAUGAUGUAUAUAUGGAGACCUGCUAUAAUCCAUCAAUCAAGAAGGAAUUCAGACAUAUCAUCAAAUGGGAUAGCUGGGAGAAGUCUCUAUUUAAGUUUAAUGAUGUUUUGAAGGAGAAUGAAAUCUCCAGAUCCAGAAAUUCUAAAAUUUCUGUUGGUAGCAGCAACAUGUCUAAUAAAACUCCUGGGAAGAAUGAAGCGAUAAUUAAGUACUAUGUGAACAUUUUCAAACAUUUGCACACCGAACUUCUGCACACACAGGUUCAAGUCUCUGCUGAUUCGAGUGCGUCUGCUCCAAAUCCUAUUCCUGUUGAUACUUUGGAGUCAAUUAUUGAGAAGAGAUUAAAUGUAUCUGGUUAUGUUUACAUGGCAGUAAAUGAGUACUUGAAAAUGCAUCCGCAGGAUGUGAAAGAGUUUUCUGACAGGAUACUCACCUGGCAACCGCUUGGAUUAUAAGGUGUUCCAACAUCAUUAUUGUCAACUUAUUACACCAACCAAAAUGAUAUUUUCUUUUUCUGACCAUGAUUUUCUCCAUUACAGAUUUACAGUUUUAAUGCUGCUUCCUUUUGAAUCAAAAGAAGAUUCAAGUUCUUUGUAUGAUUGGACUUAUCCGAGAGAGUGUGCCAACUACUUUUUCAGCAAUCGCUGAUGGUUGUUCAUCGUGCGGGUUAUUUUUACAGCAUUGAUUGAUAUUAUGUUGCAGAAUGGUUAAUUUGGCCAAUCCUUUCCUUGUCUUUAGGCUUGCUUUUCUGGUGUUUUGCAUUGAAGACAGUUGACUAUAUUUUUGUGUCCGUAUAGUUGUAGAAGGCUGCUUUGUGACAAGGCGUCUUUGUGUAAAGAAGUUAAGUUUGUGAAGUGUUGUAACUUGUAAGGGUUAGGGUACUCCCUGUACUCUUUUUAUGAAUAAAAUUACCCUUUUUUC